UAAAUCAUAUUUUUUAGAUGAAAACUUUUUAGGAUCUACUAGUAUCUUAGCCAAUUACAGAAUUACAAAUAAUACAGAAUUAGUAAUUUCUGAAAUCAAUGAAGAGGCAGAAUUAUCCAUAGAAAUAGAACCAAAUGAUGAGUCAAGCCUCCAACUUUUAGCAAGCACUUCUUACAUGUCAUGGGAUCUAGCUGAAUUAGAUGAUGUACUUUUGAGUGUUCACAUUCUGGAGAAACUUGGGAAACAUAAUCAUCAAAUACAACCAGAUGUUACAUUAUUUGCUUCAAAGUAUAGAAAACUAUUCUCGGAAAUCUUGGAAGUAGUAGAAUUUUAUGUUACAAAGGGGAAAAUGAGUUCUAAACAAAUUUUACUACUUUUGACUGCAAAAUUUCUAGAUUAUAUUAUUCACAAACGUGAUCUUUAUAAUGCUGUUCAAAAGUUUUGA